AUGCGUCUCACUACAAUCCUCCUCUCCCUCGCUUCCCUCGCCUGCGCCGCUGAGCUCGGCAUCGAUGUCACACAUGAGGUCGAGUGCACGCGUAAGACCCAGAAUGGUGAUUCUGUCCAGAUGCACUACCGCGGCACCCUCCAGGCCGACGGCAAGGAGUUUGACUCCAGCUUCAAGCGCAACGUCCCGCUGAGCUUCAAGCUCGGCACUGGCCGCGUGAUUAAGGGAUGGGACCAGGGUUUGCUAGACAUGUGCAUCGGCGAGAAGCGCACGCUUACAAUCCCGCCCGAGUACGGCUACGGCGACCGCGCCGUGGGCCCGAUUCCCGCUGGCUCGACUCUGGUGUUCGAGACAGAGCUGGUUGGCAUUGAGGGUGUAGACAAGGACGAGCUGUGA